CCGCCGAAGGUGUAUCAUAUCAACUCGCUGCGAAGGGCUCAUAGUUCCGCCUACGCCUUCGAUGUCACCAAGUGGUUUCUGUCUAACCUUCACGAAAAGGAAUUUGACGCAUUUGAAUGGAAGACUUUUGUCUUCAACACAAAGCCACAGCAAUCAAACAGUGUGUAUUGUGGACUAUACCUGCUUCAUUACAUGGAUGUAAUCUCGAAGCACGUAGCGGCAGCCGAACCACAAUCCCUUGAGGACAAAUUGGGUGAAUGGAUAUCGACAGACUUUAACGCUACAAAAGCUGCUUUUUACCGCUCCAAGCUCCACAGCAGAGUCGCA